AUGGCUUCAACGGGCCGACGAUGGCAGCAGUUCCUGCAGGAGAUGUUUAUGGUUGCUGGAACAUCCGCCUCCGCAUACUUCCUCAUCAGAUACCUCCUGUCACGCAUCGACUUCGACCCUGAGAGUCAGAAAAAGGAGGAACAAAAGCGAAAGUCCACAGCCAUUCUGCGAAGAUUAGACGCGGGAGAUGAAUCAGAUGACGAAUCACCGAGAGGAGGAGAUUCGAAGCGUGGGAAACCGAAACGAGCGGAGCUCACCCUCAACCAAUACGAACAAGCCGUUGCGAUGGACGUUGUCGCACCGGAGGAUAUCUCGGUCACAUUUGAAGAUAUUGGCGGUCUGGAUCAUAUCAUCAAAGAACUGAAACAAUCCGUCAUCUACCCGUUGACUAUGCCACACCUUUACGCCUCCACAUCAUCCCUCCUGACCGCUCCCUCCGGUGUCCUCCUCUAUGGCCCACCUGGAUGUGGAAAGACCAUGAUGGCCAAAGCACUCGCCCACGAGAGCGGUGCCUGUUUCAUUAAUUUGCGCAUCUCCACCUUGACUGAGAAAUGGUACGGUGACUCGAACAAGCUUGUCAAUGCGGUAUUCUCUCUUGCGCGGAAGCUUCAACCAUCAAUUGUGUUUAUUGACGAGAUUGACGCCAUCCUUGGCACCCGACGAAGUGGCGAGCACGAAGCGAGUGGAAUGGUGAAGGCGGAAUUCAUGACACAUUGGGAUGGUCUUACCUCUGCCAACUCGAGGGGUGAGCCGCAGCGCAUUGUUGUUCUGGGUGCCACCAACCGAAUCAAUGAUAUCGACGAGGCGAUCCUCCGACGUAUGCCUAAGAAGUUCCCCGUCGGUCUUCCUUCGGACGUCCAACGCCUCCGCAUUCUCAGCUUGGUUCUUAAGGAUACCAAGGUUGACCGGGAGGAUAUCGAUGUGGACUGGCUGGUCAAGAAGAUGGCCGGUCUGUCCGGUAGUGACAUUAAGGAGCAAUGCCGCAGCGCAGCCAUUGGCCCUCUCAACGAGCAAAUCGAAAAGAUGGAGAAAGCCGGUCUGCCAUUGACCACCUUGGACCCUAGUCAAGUUCGGGGCCUUAGUAUGGAUGACUUCCCAUAUGGCCGGCGUCCUAAGAAGGCGGCGAGUCAAGACAAAGCUAGCGCGGCGAAUGAGGAAGAGGGCUGGCAGACUGAGUCUGAGGCCGAGGGUGCUUCCGAAGCCGAAGCCCGUUAUUCUGUGAUGGCCGAGCCUCCAGAGUAA